AUGGGAGAUGCACCUGCUGUUCCUGCUCAAUUGGAUUUCGACUUGCAUCCUUCUGAGAAUGCAGGUUCAACAUUAUUACCAGCUGUUUUUGACGGAACUGGGUACAGAUCUUGGAGACGAGCUAUUCUCAAGGCUCUAUCUGUUAAAAGUAAGACUGGUUUCAUCACUGGCAAAGUUGUUAAGUCGGCUUCCACAGAUCCUUCUUUCAUGCAGUGGGAGAGGUGUGAUGAUAUGGUGACUUCAUGGAUCCUUAAUUCCCUCUCACCUGAUCUGCGCGACAGUUUACAGUAUGUUAACAAUGCCAAAGAACUCUGGGAUGAACCGGAAGAUAGAUAUAACCAGACUAAUGGUUGUAAACUCUAUCAGUUGCAAAAGGAGAUCAAUGAUCUUGUACAAGGGACUUUGGAUGUCACUGGUUAUUACACGAAGAUGAAAAAAUUAUGGGAGGAAAUGAGCACUCUUGAUGUUCACUCUCAAUGUAGUUGUUUGUGA